CGACCAUGACCGCCGAGGUCGCAAUGGAGAUACAGCGAGAGGAGCCCACCUUUAACUCUGUCGUAACAGAGAAGACCAGUCUCCUCCAAACUCUACAAGACGAGGACGAAGACGAUCUCUAUAUCAAAUACAAAAAGCUCGCUCGUCACCUCGAAAUGCUUGAGAUCCAAGAAAGUUACAUCAAGGACGAACAGGCCAAUCUCAAACGCGAGCUCAUCCGCGCUCAAGAAGAAGUCAAGCGGAUCCAAUCCGUGCCACUUGUCAUUGGCCAAUUUCUCGAACCCAUAGACCAGUACACCGGUAUCGUAGGCUCAACAACAGGCUCUAAUUACGUUGUGCGGAUAUUGUCGACACUGGACAGGGAGUUGUUGAAGCCUUCGUCCAGUGUAGCGCUGCACAGGCAUUCGAAUGCGUUGGUCGACAUUCUACCACCGGAAGCCGACAGCUCCAUCGCGAUGUUGGGGAAGGAGGAGAAGCCGGAUGUGGCGUACUCGGAUGUCGGUGGGAUGGACACGCAGAAGCAGGAGAUUCGGGAGGCUGUCGAGCUGCCGCUCACUCACUUCGAUUUGUAUAAGAAGAUCGGUAUUGACCCUCCACGAGGUGUCUUGCUAUACGGACCACCAGGUACCGGAAAGACCAUGCUUGUCAAAGCUGUGGCCCAUCAUACCACCGCGUCCUUCAUCCGCGUCGUCGGCUCUGAAUUCGUUCAGAAGUAUCUCGGUGAAGGUCCCCGUAUGGUCCGUGACGUCUUCCGUCUAGCACGAGAAAACGCUCCCGCCAUCAUUUUCAUCGACGAAAUCGACGCUAUCGCCACCAAGCGGUUCGAUGCUCAGACGGGUGCCGAUCGUGAAGUGCAGCGUAUCCUUUUGGAGUUGCUGAACCAGAUGGACGGUUUCGAUCAGGGGAGCAACGUCAAGGUGAUCAUGGCCACCAACCGUGCAGACACCUUGGAUCCCGCUCUGCUUCGUCCUGGUCGGUUGGACAGGAAAAUCGAAUUCCCACUGCCGUCACGUCGUGAACGGCGCUUGAUCUUCCAAACAACAACGAGCAAGAUGAACCUUGGCCCAGACGUGGACUUGGAAGAUUAUGUUUCUCGUCCUGACCGCCUGUCGUCAGCUGAAAUUGCAUCAAUCACUCAAGCUGCGGGUCUUCAAGCCGUCAGGAAGAACCGCUACGUCAUUCUACCAAUCGACUUCGAGGAGGCGUGGAAACAAACGGUCAAGAGGACAGACGAGACUCACGAGUUCUACCGGUGAAGUUGUUUGCUCUGGAUCGCUAUCGCAUUGUAUCUGUAUUCUACAAGCAGUAUUCUAUUCUUUU